AGAGAGGGAGGGAAGGCGGGCAGCUGGAGUGGAAAAUUCCAGGCAGGAGGCCGCGUGAGCCUGACCGUCGCCAGCGCUGCCCUCCCACACGGCACCACUCCUGGCGGAGGGGCGUCCAGGCGGCACGGGGGGCUCCCCGACCGUGCCGCGGCGGGCAGAGGGCUCGGCUCCACCCCCCCGGCCAGCCCCUGGUGCCGCAGCCCCGCGGAGAAAGCGGAGCCGGGCUUUCGUGCUUCGCGCCCCCGUCUGGCCUCGACGGGCCUGAGGGGGGUGGCGGGGGCUGCGGGGCGCCCCCGGAACCGGGCGUCCGCCGGCGGCCCGUGUGGUAACGCCGAGCGCACAUUGUUCUAGCGGCCGCGCUUCCCCGCGGCGCAGCCCGGCCCGUCCCUCUCUCCUCCCUCCUCCGCCUCCCGUCCCUCUCCCCUCCCUCCCCCUGGUCCCUCCUUCCCUCGUCACCGGGCGGUGUAUAAAUCCCCUUCCCCGCUGUAUCCCCCCACCGCGGGAGACCCUGGUACUUUGGCCCCCGGGGCGGGAGCCCGCCGCCUCCGAAUCGCUGGGACUUUGCGCUCCCGCCGCUGGCCGCCCGUCCGCCCCUCUUUCCUUCCUUCCUUCCUCCCUCUCUCUCUCUCCACGCGGGGCUUCCCCCUCGGAACACGGUUCCCACCGGCCUCUUCUUCCCUUCUCUACCCCGGGCCAGGAUGUCGGAAAAACGCGUCGAGGAGGCGCCGGCGGAGCUGAGCGCUAAGGAAAUGAAAGAAAAGAAGGAAAAACUUGAGGAGAAAGCGGUCCAUAAAGAAAAGAAGAAGGAUAUAGUAGAGGAUGAGGAAAAUGGAGCUGAAGAGGAUGAGGAAGAUAAUCCUGAUGAUGUGGAUGAAGAAGAAGGUGAUGAGGAUGAAGAAGGAGACGAGAAUGGGCAAGAGCAGGAUGGUCAUGCAGAAAAACGAUCUGCAGAGGAGGAAGAGGAUGAAGUGGAUCCAAAGAGACAGAAGACAGAGAACGGGUCUUCAGCUUGAGUCCUUCCCUCCCAUCUCCUCUGUUCCGUCCGUCUCUCCUCCUCCAUUCCAGCCUGUGCUUGCACUGUCCAUUAGCCUCUGGCUUCACACAAUCUCAGAUGAGGAAAGAUUAGAAAUGCUCUCAAACAGGGAAGACAGCAGUUUCCUUCUCACCCGAAGACCUGCCCCAUCCGUGACCUUCCCCAGAUGAAGUUAUUCCAGCCCCCCCGGAAGUUCUUUCAGCUCUGCCCUGCUUACAAAUGAUCCUCUUCCCUCAAGAAUCUCCUCGUUUUCUGGGGCCCUGUAUGAGAUCUUGCCAGGCCCGUCGGCCAGGCUACUCAUGUGGCAGGCAACCCUCCUUCCCUUCUCACUUGCCCUCCUUUUUCUUGAGUGUUUUUGGAGGUUUUUUUGUUUGGUUGGGUUUUUUGUUUUUUUUUUUUUGUCACUAGUAUGUCUGAGAUUCUUGACAGCUUCUGCUCCCCAGACCUGCUGUCAGAUCUCCCUGAGUCCAGGAGGCUGCGGGCACAGAUUUCAUGGUGCGUUUCCCAGUCCUAGGCCUCCUCUCCCGUCGCCUGCUUUCCCGCUGAACCCUGGGAGACAAGGAGAAAAUUGAGUAUUACAAGCAAAUAACGGUUCUAUUAAAUGACACACACGGAGACAGAAUUUAUCUUAAGCUUUUUUUUUCUCCUGGUUUACAUGACAACAAGCUGGCCCUCGUGAAUUUUUCAGAAGAUAAGGGUUGUUUUUAUAUAUGAAUUUCAUCUGAACUGCAUAUUUUUUUAAUUUGGAGGCUUUUUUAAAACAAAUCAAGAAACAAUUGGGGACCAAACUUUGAUUUCCAUUUUUUUCCCCUUCAGAUUUUCUUGUGACCAUUUUUUGUAAAUUAAAGGCGAUACAGCCACAGCAUUUUCUAUGGCACAGACAUCACGAGGAUGAUAGAUAUAAAUAUAUAUAUUGUUUUCAACUUAGCACUGUAAAUAAAAGCGUUUAAAAACA